GUGACGUCAGCGCGCUGCGCGCAGGGCGGGCCCCGGCGAUGGCGGAAGCGGAGGCGAAGAUGAAGCAGUUCGGGGGCAGCGGCGGGGCCGGGCUGGACGCGGAGCGCAGCCGCUUCCCGUACUGCGUGGUGUGGACCCCGAUCCCCGUCCUGACAUGGCUGUUCCCAAUCAUCGGCCACAUGGGUAUUUGCACAUCGACUGGAGUCAUCCGGGACUUUGCAGGGCCAUACUUUGUUUCAGAGGACAACAUGGCAUUUGGGAAGCCAGUGAAGUACUGGAAACUGGAUCCCAACAAAGUCUACUCCAGUGGUCCCAAUGCUUGGGACACGGCUGUACACGAUGCCUCGGAGGAGUACAAGCACCGAAUGCACAACCUCUGCUGUGAUAACUGCCAUUCGCACGUGGCUCUGGCCUUAAACUUGAUGAGAUACGACAAUAGCACCUCAUGGAACAUGGUGAAACUCUGUUUCUUCUCACUCCUAUAUGGGAAGUACGUAAGCAUAGGGGGAUUCGUGAAGACCUGGCUUCCCUUUGUCCUCUUCUUGGGGGUGAUCGUGACCGUUGUCCUGACACUUCAUUUGCGGUGAUGGCAGCUGUGAACUCCCCAUUCCAUGGACCCACGAGGGAAAAAACUGACUGAUCCAGGGAGAUGGAGGCAUGGGACUCUGGGAGGCGUUUUCUGGGGAAGAUGGCAACUCCGCUCCAUUGUAACAGCUCAUCUUUGUUUCCUUGAACUGGCUUCUUCUCCUUCUGUUUUUGUUCUGUCAAUGGUGUCUCCCAGUGUCGAGGGUCCUGAAGCCUCCUCCUCUCUCCCAGAAUGUGUUCCCUUUCUCCGGUUUGGUAGGUAGAAACGCAAUCAGGAAAGGAGAGGCGUGGGCACCUUUGCUUUCAGUGCCAAGUCAAAAGCCACAAGGCAAACCCUGCCUCCUGCUUCAGGAGCCCAAGCAGAUACACCUUGUAAGGUUCUCUCUGAUCACCUGGUUUCUUCCUCUUGGCAGACUUCUUCAGAUGCUUCCUCAGAUUUCCUGCGUCUCCAGGAAGGAGUUGUCUCCCUGUUGCACGACUCUCCUUGUAGCCUAUGUUUCACGGUGGAGGUGUGGAGUUCCUCCUGGAGGUGUAGAGUGUUGCAGCACUUGCUGAUAGCCUCCCCCGUCGUGACAGAAAGGUGGUGGUGGUGGGACACUCCUGAGGAGACACACAGAGGGACGCUCUGCGGCAGGGCAAAUCCACCUGGUCUUGCUGGUGAGCCCAGAAAGGCAGGAAAGUCGAUCGACUGGCUUGGGAAUGGCUCAUGGCAAUCUGCGUGCUUUCAGCUCUGCCUGUUGCAGAGCUGGGAGUCUGCUCCUAAGUCCCUUUUAACUUGUGCCAGAGAAAACACAGCUUUCUUGCUUUUCCCUGAGCUUUGAUUAUCUACAAUUAUUGUUAACACUUCCCACAAGCCACUUUCUCACGAGCUGCUUGCUUUUCUUUGAUCCUUCGUAGUUGUGUCGCUGCAUACCUGAGUCUGCAGAGCUGGCAGCAUCAGCAGGUCCUUGUUUCUGGGGCAGAAGGCCUAGACUAGGGCUUUGAAAGCAUCUGUGAGACCUGAGCAUACCAGGGCCAUCAGAAAUUAAAAGAAGAGGUGAAGGGACUGGAAGAUACUCGUGUUCUGUGUGGAUUUUGCAGCAGCAGACUGGGGCACCGGCUUUCAUGCAGCUGGUGAACAGGAUGGUGAACAAGAAGGCCUGUUGACUUCCUUGGCGUUCUUUGAAGAGCACACCCAGGGGUGAAAGUCCUUUGCAGGACUGGCUUUGAUGUGAGAAAUGCUGGUUUGGCAAUGUUGGGAGGCUGAGGACCCUUUUGAGUCCUGGAUUGGGCAGGAUGAGUAGUAGGGGAAGAGGCUGUUUCAGAGCGCUAGGCAGGAAGUGAGUUUGGAUGAGACCCAGAGCCUCUUCCAGGGCGAGAGGUCUGGGUCUGUGCUCGCCGAGGCUCUGGCCUGCAGAUGCUGCUUUCUGUGGGGCUCUGAGCCAGGUGGUUUUUCAAAAUAAGUGUGACGGAAGGGUUAUGUGCGGUUGAGCACUUCCUUCUGACCGCACGGGAAGGAGAGUGGCUUUUCCACUCACGCCUUGAAAGCUCAGCUCUUAAAUCCAUCAGGUAGUGGAGUAAAACCUCAAGGAGUGCCCGUGGCCAGCAAGAAAGCUCUUCUCGAGUGCCUGCCAUCUCUGUGGCUUCCUCUGGGAGGCCCGUUCACUGUCACCCUGCUGGCUCAGACCCACUCCUGUGUGCCUUUCCAUCUGUUUCCAUCUCUCCAGCUCCUCUGGCCAUGUGGGAGGCUUGGGGACUCCUCUUGGGCUUCUUGAUUUCUGCAUUUUCUCCUUUCCCUCGGUUACUGUUAAACAUCCUCUCACCUCUCUCCCUUCUCCCUCGCAUCCAGGUGUCUGUCAUCGGGUGCUGGCCUUUAGGGCUGGAUGGAGGAGGCGUGCAGACCUCGGCGCCCUUCCCCAUCUACCCAGAAUUGGAAUAGUCAUCGGUGUCUGCUCUGUCCGGUCAUUUCAAGCCUGUAUGAAGGGUGCUGGCUCUGGGGCUGAUAGAAAGCCAAGAUCUUGAUCAAAGAGAACCUUAUGAUGAAAAGAUGGUGGUGUACCAAGCUGCUCCGCGUCGCUGCAGUCUCUACUUGGCGAACCUGCUGGCUAACGUGCCCUAGGAGAAGCCAGUCAAGCAGGAGAGAUGAGUCCUUUGUCUUUGCUUUUAAUUUAGAUGUGAUUUCUCAGAGUGACCCGCCAAGGAUGCGCCCGGAUUCCCUGGCCACAGGGCUGAAGCCAACUUGUCUUACGCAGUAGCAAUAACCUAGAGACUCGUAGGCCUGUCUCACAUGUUGAUUCCGUCUUUUAUCGAUAAGCUAUACACGCGUUGCCAAAGCUGAGACUUCAGGUUGCUGGAGGAAGCUGGGACCUGCUGGCCACAGUUCCCACUCCUAGGACUUCUGAAAACAUGUUGUGUGCCAUUCCCCACCAUGCAAAUCCUUGUCGUUUGCUCCUAAUGCUUUUUCCCAGAUCUGGCUUUCAAAUGGAAGCUCAUCGUAAGCAGCAAAUGGGCCUCAUAGCCGGAUGGAGUGCUGGCUGCUGGGGAAGGAAGGCAGCUUCUCCCCUUAGUCCUGGCUGAACAGCCACUCUGCUUCCACCGAUGGAGAUGGAAGAUGCCUCUGGGCAUCCAAAGGAAACGUGGCUAACGGGAGAGCAAGGCCCAAAUCUGAGGUGCUGUAGAGCCAGCCUGCACAUCCCUGCUGGACACGCAAAGCUGUACUUGCACAGUGAAGGAUGGUGCCCGCCGAGGUCAGGUGCUGGGAGAGGUGGGUGGACUGUGUGGAUUUGUGGCGUUCCUACGCUAUGGGACUGUGGAAUACCUGGCGAUGCUUGGCAUGGCUUCCCAGCAGCGCUGCAGCCAGCGGUGGGCGGUGGGCUGCCCACCCUCUGACCUGCGAGGUGGCAGAAGGGGUGGGUAGAUAAGGAAUGUCCUCUCCUUGUAGCUUCCUUCAUGUCACUACAGGUUUCUUUGCAGUGCCCUCUUCAAAGAGCCACAUUCGAGGUUCACCCCAUCCUUCACCUCCCCGUUUUGUGCUCUCCUUUCCCCGUGGCACGUUCUUGCGCUGCAGAGCUCCGUGGCUUUGCCGUUGCUCUCUGUCCAGGACGAGCCCUCCGUAUCCUCAUCCUUUGUUCUCUUGAUCUCUGCGGGGCGCUGGAUUACUUUGUAAAUAUUUAAACUCUGCUUCUGUGGUUUCAUAAUCCCGACGGUAGGGGAAAUAAACUUAUUUCUGUGGAUGUCUCCCAAG